UACUUCCCAGUGCCUUCUUCCCCCCCCCACCCCCGCCAUAGUUCUCUAUCUCCCGCUCUCACUCCUCUCCCACCCUGGCUCUCCUCCUCUCUGCUGGCGACGGAUCGUGAUCGUGUUGUUUGUUGAACAGAUUAUUGAUGUUGCUUACCGCCUAUUGCGCCCUGUACAGAUUGAUAUGAGUUGCAAAGAACCUGGAAAGAGGAAUCUGAUAUCGUUUUGCUUACAUUUUGAGCUUGUUGAGUUUUACACUUGUGGGGUCCCUGGUCGUGGUGUCACGUAGAUUUGUGGUUGUCUACCUUUGGAUCAAGUUGUGAUUUGCAGACUUUUCGAGGGAUUGAUCUCGAGGGGCUCGUGUAUGUUCCUUGACCUCAUGUUGUCUUGAACCGAGGCGGUCUCAGGGUUACACGAGGUCGUGGUUUGCAGUUUUGGGUGUUCUUGAGGAGACGUAUAAUGUCUGACAUACACAGAAGACUCCCGAGGCUGAUGCCAGCCCGAUAUGAUGCUGAAAAAGUCGGGAAAGGGAUGUUGGCCUUCAGAAGCAGGAAGGCUGAUGUCGACGCUGGUAAGUCGUCGGGCAUGAGCGUUCCCUGUACUCGCAAGCGAGCAAACGAGACACCAGAGGAAGUGUAUCUCUCUCCUCGAAAGCAGUCUCCAGCCCAGUUGCCAGAGAAAUUUGCUCUUCUUGAAUCUUUCUACGAUGGUGUGGAGGCCGCAAUUAGUCUUCUUGGUAUCCGUCGUCAGCUCUGCACUUUCCAGGCAGUCUGCUCCACAGUUGAGGCCACCACGAAGAGACGCUUUCUCCAGAAGCAUUUGGCACAAAUUAAAUAUAUACUUCCCGAGGCUGUUCAUCUUGAGUAUGUGAGGUCUUAUGAUCAGGAGUCACGCAUCAAGAGAUGGGAGUUAAAGGUUUCACUGCUGCCUUUGCCCGCAGCGGCUGAGGAGCCGUCUGUUUCUGGAGGCUGCACUUCGAAGAGACCGAAGAUCGAAUCUGUGCAGCGAAGGCUCGUAUUUCAUUCCCGCUUGGUUAAACUGGCUGCUACUCUCCCAGAGGAUGAUGAUAUACCAGCCCAUCCAAUGCCAGAACGCAUUUUCAAUGGAAACUCCAAGGGGGCUAAUACAGGAUUGCCUGCUGCAACAACUUGCAUUCCGAUGGAAAUUAAUACCGCCGCACACCGGGUGGAGAUGCGGGAGUCGUCCGAUGGGUCUACUUGUUUCACGAAGUCGGUCAGACCUGGCUUCUCCCAGAUGACCGCAAGCAGUGCCUCAUCUCUUAUGGAGAGUGACAAGGCUGAGCCCCAGAAGUCUUCACUGCAUAUGGAAACGUUGGACACUAUACUGCCAAUGCCCAUCAACAGGACCUCUCACAGAGACGUCCACAACCUGGCUGAAAAGCCAACGGGAACCCCCCAUCUCGCGCCAUCCUUCAGACCUUUCUUUUCUGUCAAAAAUAGCGUGCCUGAAACGGAGCUAGGUUGUGGAAUCAGCGACGAUUGUGCUGUCCUUUCCGACAUGACCAGCUCUUCAGUGCAACUUACACCAAUAAAGCGUCGACAUGCAGGUCUCCAGGAGGAGUCCGAGGUUGAAGAACCAGUGGAGCUUCAGACACCGGUGAAGGUCUUCCAGACUUACGGAACUCCGAAACGAACAACUGCGUGUGACGAUAGUCCCAGCAAGCGGCUUCACCUUUCCCCUUCCUUAAAAUCACACUAUUCAAAUUGCGGCUCCCCAUUGAGUCAUUCCCUGAUUGCCUCUCGCAGUCUUCAAAGUACACCUGUGAAGCCAUCCGUCUCCAAGGACGUCUCAAUCUCCUGGGACUUGAGGACGCCAGGAUCCGAGAGAGACGGAGUUGAUCGGUAUACGCCUAUCGGAGAGGAUUCAGUUGGAGCUCAAACGCCAGUUAAAUCAUCAAUCCAAGCUCACACCUUUAAGUCUCCUGCUCCAUUGACCCCGAAGCACCAGUACACUCCCUGCACGCCUCAGAAUUCUGAGCGCGGGCGAAAAUCGCUCGGGAUUUCUUAUCACGUCGACGAACCCAUCAACGAAGGAAUUCAGUCGCCUGCUGCCACGCCUGUGAAGGGAAGCUCUACCAUAAGAUCCUUGAACUUCCACACACCAAAGGCCAAGUCCUACUCGAAGGAUUCCUCUGCGACUGGCUCACCAUGUCCUCGCUCGCCUACCAUGGGUACGCAAACACCGGUGAACUUUUCGAGGGCUUCGGGGUUUAGGAUGAAGGCAGCCGUGAAGCACUCGAAAUUGGACCUACGGCCUCUGUUUGCUCGUACCAAUGACGAAGAUGUUGGUAAGAGAGAUGGAGCUGAGUCUUUAAGCAAGUCAUGUGAGACAGGUGCAACUGAAACACCCUCUUCGACGAAUUCAUUGUCCCUCGGCAGCAGGGUAUCUCAGGCGGAUUUGAACAUGAUUCAGGGGCUGCCAGCCGAGCUUGUGAACUCCGUGAUAAAAGAGGAAUUGAGAGUCGCAGAGGAGAAGAGCAGUGACGUCGUUGCUGUCAGACGUCGCCAGCAAAUGAUGGCUGGCCUUCCCAACCUUUUUAAUCAACUCUGCCUAAUUUUCCAAUCGAGUAACAAGUCCGUGUUUCCGUACAAGGACCUUUUGGCCAAGAUAGUGUCCUCCAACACUGAGAUGACGGACCGGGUUGAAGUGGAAGAGCGCCUGAAGAUGCUCACUGAGCUGGCUCCUGAAUGGAUAUCUGCUAAGAAGUCUCUUACCGGAGAUACUCUCUACAGGAUCAACAAGAAAGCAGACGUAAUGACUGUCCGCAGGAGACUCUGUGGAGCCCAGUAGCAUUUCACACUUUUGCUUCUUUUGUUGGUCAAGAUUAUUCCUGCGUCUUUGUACACAGGUUGUGUAAUUUAAUGCACUCGAUAGAAGAAUCAAGUGCAGUCCAUUGACUAAUGACCAGGUACAUAUGUACCCCACAAUGUAAAUUAGACACAGUCCUGAGAAAUUUAAAAAAUUGAGGUCAUUUGAUAGAUGACAUAUUUUACUUGUACAUACGUAAUAUCCAACUACGAGUAGUUCGUGACACCGUUAGCUUACAUAAUGCAUGGUACAGCUUUGUAGAAUUCACGCGCCAAGUUCAUUACUCCUUUCUCAACAUAUGGCAGAAUUUUGCAAUAUGACUAUUGUCUGUUAAAAUAGUCAUUAAAGCCCUUUUAUUCCGGGUUGAUCCUCGGCUGAUAUUUAUCUUACAAGAGCAACAGCUGAGCAAAUAUUUUUUCUGAUUCUUAUCGAAA